GUAGGAAAAACAAAAGAUAUGACUACUUAGUAUAGGCGAUGGUGUUGACGUUUGACAUUUAGUUGCUACUAAUUUCAACCAUGUGUAAGAAGUGUUCUCAAUUUGUAAAUAAUACAGCCGUUGAAGUAGCAUAUUGCCUGUAUACGCUCAUCUCCGUCAUAGUCAACACCACCUACACAAAUUUAUUUCUACAAAAAACAUGCCGACUGAAUUGCACCUCAGAACCAGACUUGAGUACGCCUUGCGACGAUGAAAAAAGCGGAAUCAUGUUUGCAUCGGAAUUCAACUCAUUUUACCGUUUGGGGAUGUUUUGCUUGUGCACAAUUUUUUCAAUGUUGGCGUUAAGCUGGAGCGAUUUAGCUGGUCGUCGUCGAAGGCCUUUGAUUCUGUUGCCCAUUCUUGGUUUAAUUUUUCAAUCAGCUCUGGGAUGUUUUCACACGUACUUUUGGAGUUGGCGUCCAAUUACCGGUGCUUUGUUGAAUAUUGCGUUUGAAGUGAUAACUGGAGGGAUACCUUUGAUGACAUUGGCAAGUCAUACGUAUAUAUGCGAUGUGACGAAUCUGAAAAAUCGAACCAUGAAAUUGGGUUUUUUGGCAAUCAGCAGAACAUUGGGCGAUUUUAUUGGUUUCGGCAGUUCUGGAUUUAUUCUUCGUAGCUUGGGAUUUUUUUACACGUUCCUUCUGUAUGUGCUGUUGUCAUCGGUCACUUUGGCAUUUGCUGCAAUUUUUAUCGCGGAUACAUCAGUUCCAGUUAGGAAAAAACCGCACCUUUGCCAGGUUCUUAGUGUAAUGCAAGUUGUAGACAGUAUAAAAACAGUGUUCAAGAAAAGUCUCGGACGAAAUAGAAUCGUAGUUUCGAUGUUACUCGUUAUCUCUUCGUUGGUGUUUUUUACUACUCAAGGAGAAAAUAGUGUUCAAUACUUGUUCCUUCGGUAUAAAUUUCAUUGGGAUGAACGUGACUACAGCUCUUACGUGAUUUACAGAUAUGUUGGAGUGAUCAUCGGAAAUAUAUUUUGCUCAGUAAUUUUGAGUAAAAUAUUAGAAGUACACGAUGGAUUAAUCGGCAUGUUCGCUGGAUCAUGGGAUCUUUUAGCUGCUCUGGGAUACCUUUUAGCAAGUCAAAACUGGCAUCUCUAUAUCCUUCCCAUAUUCGACAUAUUUCACGGCAGUGCUUUUACCGCGGGCAUUGCUUUUUACUCUAAAUAUUACACCAGUGACGAAUUUGGGCGGUUGCAUUCUUUUAUUGGUUUAACUGGAGUGUUGAUUGCAUUAUGUUAUCCAACCUAUCAUGAAAUUUUUCAACAAACGUUGGAUGUUUUCCCCUCUGCAUAUUUCAUCUUGAGUAUUAUAUUGGACAUUAUUAUUGUUCUACUCUAUUGUUUUUCGUACUUCCUCAGCAAGAAAUUGCAGAAUCAAAAACCCAGGCAGAAAGAAGAGGUACCAAUGAUGACUUUGUGAUUAAAUCGACUCAUAUAUCUCUAGUCAAGCUUUCAAAUUGUUAUUCGAAUAUCUGGGAUUACACCUUGAUAACCAUCUCACAUAGAGAGAUCAUAAUAUUCUGAAGAAGAGAACUCAACUUGACAAAAAAACUCAAAUUGCUUUAUUGGUUUCUUGGAACUAAUAAUAUGCUGAACCAACAAAACAAGAUCUUUAUAUACUUGUAGGUACAAAUGUUUAUUCAAACCAAUGUGGUAGUAUGGUAUUGAACUAUAGGGUUCGGCUAGUGAAUCCAAUAUCCUGAUUAUUAGAAGAUUCCAGACCAAAAUUCUAAGAAAUCUUAUAAACGCGCUGUGGUAUGUGAAGAAAAGCACAAUUCUCAAAGAUUUGGAAAUACCUAGUGUGAAAUCAACGAUAUCCAUAAGAAAUAACAUUUAUCAAGAAAGAAUUUAUAACCACAACAAUGUAUUAGUAAAAAAUCUUUUGAAUUGUGAUGAAGAAAUAUACCGUCUGCAUAGAUGUCAUGUCAUGUAUUGGACCUACCAGUGAGAUUUCAAUCUUAAUCACGUGCAAGCUGAAUGUUACUUUUUUGUAACACAUUGCUUUUCGUUUAGUUCCUACAAAUAAAAUGAAAAUAAAAUAUUUUGGAGAUAGU